UGUACUAACUAAAAAACUACAAUUCCCAGGGACAGUACAAAUAUACCUUCAUGUACAGUGGGAUUUUUGUACUUCUACGGCUGCUCACUAGACCUCAGUAUGAUACGGGCGGUGCGCGUACAUAGUCUAUAGACCCACACAAGGUCAAAGUAUUCAAAGCCUUUAUCGUCAUGGUUUAGCAUAAUGCAGAACCUUAGUUUAAAAGGUAGUCAGCUUGAGGCCCAGUUCAACACGUGUACGCUAAUGAUAAAUACGAGCUGUGAGAGGCAAGUGAAGGUAGCACGUUUGCCACUUCGCGUGUCAUGUGAUCAACGGGGACGCGUUCAGGGAAGGAUCCGUUGUUACCGGUAAUCGUCCGUGUCUUUCGCUCUGAAGACGACGAAAGAAGCGGAACAACAUGUGCACCAGAGUUCAGCCCGUUGAGUCGACCACCGACCUCAAAAACCAGAACUUCGAUGGCAUCGUGCUUGUGACUGAGGGCCACGACUCGCUGCCCUCCCAGCUGGAGUUUCUGAGAGCUCCUCUGCAGGACUACAGCUCCGUGGACAGUGGCCUCAGGGAGGAGGUGGUAGUGGUCAAGGUCCCUGGUCUCCCUGGCAACCGCCUGGUCUUUGCCUCCACCGGCCCCGUGAACCGCGACUACGAUGACGUGAGGCGCUUCAGCGACGCGGCCGUCAGCGGCAUCAAGCGGGCCCUGAAAGCCGGCAUGCAGCGCCCCCUCCUGGUCUGCCCUCCACACAAGGACUACAAGAACAGCACCUUAGUGGCUGCGCUGGGAGCCCUCCAUGCUCUCUAUAUGCCGCUGGAAGUGAGGGAGGGAAACGUGAAACCCACCAGCCACAAGGUGUGCGUUCUGGGGCUGUGGGCUGCACAGGAGGCUGAGGGGAAGAGGCUGGUGGAGCUGGCGGACGCCCUGGAGAGUGGGAGACUGGCCUACCGCGAUAUCGGCGGAUCCGACCCGGAGCGAAUGGCCGCUCCUCGCGUGGCUGACUACGUCCAGGAACUCUUCAAAAACAGCCCUGUGACGGUUGAAGUGGUGAGUGACCUGAAGGCUUUGGAGAAGGAGUACCCCUGUCUAGCUGCAGUCAAUCGCUGCGCCAACGCUGUGCCUCGUCACCAGGCCAGAGUCAUCAGGCUGCAGUACUGUGGAGAAGGUCCGGUCCAGAAGACCCUCAUGUUGGUGGGGAAGGGCAUCACCUAUGACACCGGUGGAGCUGACAUCAAGGCUGGUGGAAUCAUGGCUGGGAUGCACAGAGACAAGUGUGGAGCUGCUGCGGUCGCCGGCUUCUUCCAGGUCUUGGCCAAGCUGAAGCCAAAACAUCUGAAGGUUGUCGGUGCCAUGGCCAUGGUGAGGAACAGCGUGGGUUCAGACUGCUACGUGGCGGACGAGCUGCUGGUUUCCCGUGCGGGUCGCAGGGUGCGAGUGGGAAACACAGAUGCAGAGGGACGCAUGGUGAUGGUGGACCUGCUCUGUGAGAUGAAGGAGAAGGCCGUGCGUGAGACUUCACCGGAGCUGUUUACUAUCGCGACUCUGACCGGUCACGCGAUCAGAGCCAUGGGACCCAACUACUCUAUCAUCAUGGAUAACGGACCGGCUCAUCGCAAGGGGAACGCUGCUCAGUGGCAGAAGGCUGGAGAAGUGUUGGGCGAUGUGUUUGAGGUCUCCACCAUCCGAAGAGAGGACUACGACUUCCACAAGGGCAAGUCUGAGUACGAGGAUGUUCUGCAGUGCAACAACCUGCCGUCCUCCGCUACACCUCGAGGACAUCAGAGCCCCGCAGCGUUCCUCAUCAUGGCCUCAGGGCUCGACAAGCAUGGCGUGGACUCUGAGAAACCUCUGCCGUACUCCCACGUCGACAUUGCCGGGUCCAGUGGUCCUUUCCCUGGUGUCCCAACCGGAGCCCCCAUCCUCGCCAUGGCAACCCACUACAUCCUGGCUGAUGGUCUCUAAACGAAUACUGCCAGUGUGAAACGCUGCUCUAAAUUGUAAAACAAAUUUGUAUGUUUUCCCACUGAGAUAAAAUCUCAGCCACAACAUCACAGAGUGCAGUUGUUCACCACUUUUCUACAGCUGAUUAGAUUUGUUUGAAAAAACACCUUUGUUCCUCUUUUUCCUGUGACCUCUGUCAUAUUUGUACCAAGGGCCGCACGGCCCUUUUAUUUGGCCUAAGUCCGUAUAAACUCAGGGGCUAAUAGAAGUAUCAUCCUUUAUGUGCAACAAAGCAAGGGCGCGGUUGUGACUGUAUCCUAACAAGUACUGCUCAUGAAUCAAUAAAACAAAUCCAAGCUCA